GCUGCCCCCGCCGCGCUCCCCUGGCAGCAGCCUCCGCGCCGCGCUCCCUUCCGAGGCGCUGGGUGUGUCCUCUGGAUGCACGUGGGGGCAGGUCGGGAGAGACGCGUGUCGGGCCAGACCCUGCCUCGGGUCGUCGGGAUUCCGCCCGGGGAGGCAAGGUCACGGCGGGAACAAUGGGAGGCAGCCCCGCCUGAAGGCGCGCGGGUGGCGCCCGGCUCGUGCGAGGAGGCGGCGGCGGCUUGGAGUCUCUCCCUCCGCUGUUCCGUUCCCAGUCAUUGCAGUGGAGUAGAAUCGACACACUACAACUGUAGGCAUGCUUUUGAAUGCCCCAAGAGAAAUCUGCCUUGUUACUUCCUUGAGUAUCUGCUGAUGGACUGAGGCUGGGUCUCUGAGGAUGGUGUGUACAUUCCAGUGGCUGGAGUGGAGACGGACCAUAGCUCAUCUGUCCUGCCUUCCGUGAAGGUGCAGCCAUGUCUGUGAUGAUAGCAAGAAAGAAGGUGACGCGGAAAUGGGAAAAGCUGCCAGGGAGGAAUACCUUCUGUUGUGAUGGGCGUGUCAUGAUGGCCCGUCAGAAGGGCAUCUUCUACCUGACCUUGUUCCUCAUUGUGGGAACAUGUGCCCUUUUCUUUGCAUUUGAAUGUCGCUAUCUUGCUGUCCAGCUGUCCCCAGCCAUCCCUGUCUUUGCUGUGGUCCUCUUCCUGUUUGCAAUGGCCACACUUUUGCGGACAAGCUUCAGCGAUCCAGGGGUGAUUCCACGAGCCCUGCCUGAUGAGGCUGCUUUCAUCGAGCUGGAAAUUGAAGCAACCAAUGGAACUGUGCCUCCGGGCCAGCGGCCACCACCACGCAUUAAGAACUUCCAAAUCAAUAACCAGAUAGUGAAGCUGAAGUACUGCUACACGUGCAAGAUCUUCCGUCCACCCCGUGCCUCGCACUGCAGCAUUUGUGAUAACUGUGUGGAACGAUUUGAUCACCAUUGUCCCUGGGUGGGGAACUGUGUGGGGAAGAGGAACUACCGUUACUUCUACCUCUUCAUCCUCUCCUUGUCUCUUCUCACCAUCUACAUCUUCUCCUUCAACAUUGUCUACGUUACCCUGAAAUCUCUGCAGAUUGGCUUUUUGAAUACUCUGAAAGAAACCCCAGGGACAGUCCUGGAGGUUCUGAUCUGCUUCUUUACUCUGUGGUCUGUGGUGGGCUUAACAGGCUUCCACACUUUCCUGGUCGCGCUAAACCAGACAACUAACGAAGAUAUCAAGGGUUCCUGGACUGGGAAGAACCGUGUGCAGAAUCCUUAUAGCCAUGGCAACAUCGUGAAAAACUGCUGUGAGGUUUUGUGUGGACCCUUGCCUCCCAGUGUAUUGGAUAGAAGGGGUAUCUUGCAGCAAGAUAAUGCAACCCAAGAGGGCAGCAAUGGUCUGGAGCUGAAAACACAGGGAGAGAGGAGUACAGACGAACCCAGUGCUCAGGAAGCCAGCGGUGUCCCAGAAGAAGGCCAUGCCCUUUCGGAGGACAGAGCACUCCCUGUGCCAACGUGCAAAGUGCCACAAGAACCGGUGCAACAACCUGAUGUUGUGGAACAAUCCGUUCCAUCCGUGGAUCAUGGGCAGUCCACGCAUUAGCCUCUGGAGUAGACAUGAACACUGCUUUUGUUUUGGCUUACUCCGUGUGGAGCUGCAGGGGGGACGUGGAUGGGGACAGCUUGGGUGAAUGGUGGCCUUCCAGUUUCCCGUUUGACUGUUUGUUCAUCAGUGGUGAUAACCAGUAUCUACAAACUAAAACUGAAGUAUGCCAACACUCCCUUUCUAAUGGAUGCUGAGCACCCAUUGUGCUGCUGAGAGCCUCCCCCCCCCCCCCGCCCUCAAGAGGCUGCUGCUGGCUGGGGCGGGCCCUCUUCCCCUGUCUUCAGUCUCUGACACUGAGUGCCUCUCCGGCCCCAUCCCUGAUAUCGCUGAAGUGUGAAACCUGCUGGGAAGGAGCAACGACUGGCGGCAGCGUUCUGUCCCAUCUUUCCACUCGUGGCUGCAGUAUUGCCUUUUGUUUUAAUCAAGAUGACUUUGCCAGUGGAACCAGGUUGCUGGCGGGAGCAUAGCCAACCAGCUUAUAAGCAGGACCCUUCAUAAGUGUUCCCUAACUACCAGUGCCAUAUGGUAGCUGGGCGCCCCAGUGGCCCUUCGUCACAAUAGCCAGAUGGGGAUACUCAGAGUGGUGGUCUUGGCCCCCUCUUUCUAUUAUGUUGGAAAUCUAUGAUGCAGUGUGUAUUCACCCCGCCAUGUGUCUUCAUCUCUUGUCAUUUUCCUCUCUGCCCACUUCUCUCUCUUUCCUGUAUAAGUGCUUGCAUUGGCUAGCAGUUCAAACUUGGCUGCAGAAAAGAUGGUGGGGCCAUGAGGUAGCAAAGUUCCAUGGCAGCAGGAGAGCCAAGAGCUUUUAAGAUCAGGUAUCGUCAUUGUGGAAGUGUAGGAGUUGGAGGUAUGACCAGAGCCCUAUAAAUCUCAGCCCUCUGCAUUCAGUGCCAAUUGAUGCCCUUGGUAUUGCUUGGCUUUAUGGUAACUGCUCUUCUGCUAUUCUCUUGUAUCCUCCAACCCAUUCCCUGAAUUAUGAUACAGGGGACCAGCUAAAACUAGGGCUGCCUGGGAAGCCGCCUUGUUCAAGGCAGACAUGGCAGACACCACAAGUGGUGGCUAGUCAGGUUUCCUUCCAUGCCAUUUCAGGUCUUCUCACUCUUGGAGAUGAACUGCAUAGCAAAACUGCAUGGGGCUACGUUUCCUGGAUUGUGCCAUACAGACUCUUGGUGAGGAGUUACAUUUUUGCAUGUUCCCCCACAAAAGGUUCAUCAUGCAGAUGGACUCCCAACUUCCUACUUUUCCAUGACAGGGAGACUCUUUCAUAGAGGAUGAUUCAGAAAGUACUUCUCCCCCCCCCCCAGCUGCUCUCUAAAUGGCGCGGUCCAGAAAACCCCUUUAAUUCUGUACAUGCAGUUCAGCUGUUACCAAGGGCCAUUCCAUCUACCAUGAGGGGUGUAGAUUAUUCCCACUCUUCUCUCCCUGUAAAAGUUCUACCUUAGAUGCGGACUGUUGGUGAAAGAAGGGGACUGGAAAAAGCUUUUUGGCUUCCCAGAGUGCUGAACUGAAUCAAGCACACCCAAUCUCAAUAUAUUCCUACUUAUCUUAAGAGCAUUGAGAAAUCCAGCUCUGCUUGGGCCAGGGGACACACACACCCCCGCAGCCUUCCACAGUGUUGCUCUGCCUAGGUUCUCUCUCGCUGUGCGGAGGAAAGAUCAGAGAGUGUUUCCAGCACGGCCCUUCCGACUGAUGGGGGCUGCUGGUUUAGCACAGAGUGGGGUCUAUGUGACAUCAUCGUUUCUGCUACACAUGCUGAGCGCCAGGAGCAGGCAGAUGCACAUCCAGCAGUGUUCCUCUGCCUUUAUGUUGCCCUCCUUCCUGAGUCAAGGCAGAGACUUCCGCCAAUCUCCCCUGUUAACUGACCAAAUCUCACCAGUGUUGCAACAGUCUUGUUUGGGGUCUGUUUUUUAAUCUACCGUGUCAAAUUGCUCCAGGGAGCAGGAUGGUCCUGGCUGCCUUGAGGCUUCAGUGUGUUCCUCUGAUUUCAAUGAAGGCAUUGGAAUUCGUUUA